GGACCAGGUGGCGACGUUGUGGGUAGAAAAGCGUUCUGCAGAAGAAAUAUUUUAUUGCCCAUCAUUUAGUUGUUUAUUUAAAUUGAAGCACUAGAAUGUCAAGAAAAAGCGUGCUAACCGAUGAGCAGAGCAAAUUAAAUUCUCGAUUAGAGCCACACUUAAUUUUUAUAUGCCCUGAAUGCGGCAAAGCGUUUCGUACACAAGCCGAGUGGCGACAGCACUUGAAUACGAAGCAUGAUUACCUAAAGAAGACCUAUUCGGAUUUCAAUUUUAUUCAAAUUGAUGAAAAUUUUCACGAGUGCCAGCUAUGCUUCAAAUGGGUGGAGAAUGCACACAAGACAAUUGCUCUGUUGCAGUAUCAUUAUUUUAUGCAUCUGGAUCAUUGUGAAACAUACAAAUGUGUACACUGUCAACUGUCCUUUACACGGCGACGAGCAAUAAAUGAUCAUUUGAUGUCCACGCACAUCAAGCAGAUCGAAAAGUAUGAAUCAAAGGUGAAAAUAGUGAAACGACAGCCAGGGAAGCGCAAUGAUUUGUUGCAAAAGGCGCUGAUGGACAUUGAUUUAAAGCUUGAAGAUCAAGACGAAGCAUCAUCAGCAGCAUUGACCACAAGUAAAACCAAUCCCAAACCCAAUGCCAAUGCGAGUGAACAGGCUUUAGAUCGCUGCUUAAAUGCCUACGAGGAUUUUGUGCGAAAGGAGGAGGAAGCAGACCAGACACCGGAAGUGAAAGAUGAAGAGGAGUUGGAUGCACUCUGCAAAGAGUUGUUUGAGGAACGCCCAGAGGUCACUGAGAAAGUAACAAAACAAAAGGAAGUGGUAACUAUUGAAAUUGAUGCUGUAGGCGAAGAGGAAAUGGAUAAGCUAAAAAAUGGAAUGAAAAGUGAUCAGGAUACGGAAACAGAUGUGACGCCGCCAAGCAAACGAAAACGUAAAUACGUCACACCAAAUCAGGAUGUCGAUAUCGAGCUAUCUAUCGAAGGACUCUCGAAAUUAGUGUCGUAUUUGUGUCCAAAGUGCGGCAAGGAAAUUGUCUCUAUGGAGGAUUGGCGCAGACAUGUUUUCAAGAAGCACGACUUUGAGCACUUUAUUGAGAACAGCUUUCAGAUUAAAGAUGGCCAGAGCUUAUGUCUGCAAUGUGACGAGGUGCUGAACACCACAAAACGUUCUGAAUUGCAGAAGCAUUGCUUUAAACAUCUGCCAUUUCGAUCGUAUCUAAAGUGCACUCUUUGCGAACGCACCAAAACGAACAUGUCCAAGAUGUUCCAUCACAUACGCUACAAUCAUCAGAAGGAAUUACAACGCAAAGAUAAGACCCAGUUGCUUAUAAAACCAGAGCCAAAGGGGACGACGCCACAUGCAGCUAAAAAGCUGGAUAGUCCUGAGUCCUAUCAUCGAAAUGCUGAUCAGGAUGAAGAACGCAUGUGUAAAUUUUGCAAUAAAACUUUUAAAACAGUCUGGCGUUUCGAGCGUCAUGCAUUGUUAUGCAGGGCUCCGGGAGCGCUGAAGAUUCCAGCAAAAACAGACACAACAACUGCGGAUGCGUUGCUCCAGCAUUUGCGUGAAGGACAAAUACGUAUGAAUAAAAUAUGGAAACAAAUGCAAUUGGAGGUGUCUUAAUUUGCUGGUUAUGUUAAACUUUUAUAAAUAUGAUAGUAAUUAAAGAACCAAUAUAUAUAUA